AUGCAUCUCACCGAAGAGGAUGAAAACAAUAUUCAGACGAUAAACGAAUUCAAAGUGACCUGGUUCACCUUAUUAUCUCGGGUGGAUGCUGCACCGACAGUAGACGAAAUUGUCUUGACAUCACUAAAUCAUGUUGCAAAUCUGAUCAUGUGCAGGAAGGGUGGGAAUUCAUCCAAAGAUCUUGUUUUUGAAAUGGCCCUUAGCCUAUGUGUGUUUGAAACCCUCUUCCAGUGGAACUUUGUGUUCACUGGGGCCGAUCUAGAGGCAUACAAAGUGAGAGAACUCCAGUUUUAUGACUCACUGAUAGGAAAUAAUGGAGAGCUAUAUUUAUCUCAUGAAGGUUUUGUUAUACCUUUUAUGGCAACAAUGCAUCAUUGUUCUCUCCGAUCAUGUCUACUUGUUGAACGUGCACUUGUCCGCCUACUGAAUACUGUUUGUGCAAUACUAUCAGCUCAGUUUAAGCCUGGAGUGAUACAGAAUACUCUUUUACAAAAUAUGCUUAAUGGUGAUGAGCAUAUAAAGGACAACACACCUACUGGUUGUUCAAAUGGUCUCCUUUUAUUUCGACGUAUGUGUAUGGGUGUAGUUGAUUUAAGUCAAAUUAACUCUCAUUUAAACAAUAAUAAUAAUGAUGAGAAUAUAACAAAUGUCAAUUUAGAACAAUUUAAUUUUAAUCCAGGACUAGUAUCAUUAAAAACAAUGGAGUCUAUUGACUGGGCGAUGUGUUUAGAGUGUAACAAAGUGGAUAGUGAUACUGAAAAGCAUACAGCAUUCUCAUGUGAUUUUGAAGAAUCACCUUCAUUCAACGAUAACAGUAACAGAGGAUUACCAACAAUUGAUUCUAUUUGUGAUCUUUUAGCACCGUAUAUCUUUCGUGAUGGUGAUCUGGGUUGGCAGGCUAGAGAUUCCUUACUACUGAUUGCAGCGUACUCAUUGAGAGAUGAAGAAUUCAGUCAUAGUAUUGCUAAAUAUUCGUCAAUUUGUGCAGUGAUAGCUACUGGAUUAGGAAUGCUUUAUACAGCUUUACCUCACCGUUUAGUGAAUAAUAAUUCACCGGAAACUUGGCCUAUCCUUAUACGAACACUGGAUACAAAUCAAGAAGCAAAUACACGUUUCACUGAAUUUUUAGGUGCACUGGAUUUUUGUCGUUCACUUCUUGAGAUUGCUCAUCCUUUAAUACAAUCCUGCCUGUUACACUGCAUUCAUGCUAUCUUCUUUGUCUCAGUUAUCGGUCCAGCUCUUACACAAAGAGCUGCUGAAGAUGUGAUCACUGCCACUGUUUACUUGGAACAAUUUAUCAUUCAUACUGUUGGCUCUUCACUACUACCUAUAUUACUUCGAUUUCUCUUGAUGAAAUUACCAUCACAUACUGUUCUUGAUUCGAACUCACCGAUGACUCAUCCAACAGUUGGGGAUAUUGAUACUAGUAAUAACCAAGGUUCUUCUACUGAAUCUUCACCGAUCAGUGAAAUCUCUCAAGAUAAUAUGAAUCCAUCAGAAUUCUUCACUGAAUCUUCUGAUCAUUGGACGAAUGACAAUAUCUUGACUUCCGUCAAUAGUUCAACUUCCAGUACCACUUACAUGGAUUUAAUCAUUGCUCGAAUACAUCAGUGUAACAGUUUACUCGGUAUUACAACAUUAUCAUUGAUGAACACUAUAAUUGAUUUGCAUUGUGAAGAUGUCAUGUUUGUCCUUGUGUUAAAACAUUUAAUUUCAGUCAGAGAUAGUCUAUUCAGCAUUGGUUGGACAUGGCCAGAUGCAAGCAGUUUAACUAAUACUUCAACAAAAAUUCUUGAUUUAUCAUCUACAAAAUUUGAUCAUAUUACACCUGGUUAUGAUAAUCCAUCACAUAAUAAUGACGAUGAUGAUGAUGAUAUUAUGAGUAAAAUUACACUGAAUAAGAAGAUGAUUAAUCAUAAUUGCCAUCAACAUGUUCACUAUUCUAGUCAACAUCAAAAUGAUAAUAGUACAGGUGAUAGUAAUCCGAGUAAUGCAAUUGCACAGUUAGAUAUUGAUGAUAUGGAAGAGUAUACUUCUGGUUCAUCUUUAACUCAUCAAGAGAUUUCUAACAAUGAAGGACUUGAAGCUUUAGGUAGUAAAAGUGAAUCGAUUGUUGAGCAGUUAGAUAACCUACCAGUGGGUGGUCAAUUCUUAGCCAGUCAUUUAUUAAUUCCACAUACAGAAUUAACAACAAAUUCACUGAUCAUGAAUAAUUAUGGUAAUGAUCUUCAUAUUGGUGUUACCGAUCAUGUGAACAACACCGGGAAUACCGGUAAUCUUACUAACUUCUCACAACAAACUGGACAAGAAUUAUCCUACAAGUUGUCUAAUGCCUCUUCAUCUUCUCCUUCGUAUAUUUCUAAUAAUUUUUCAUCAAAUAAUUCCUCUCCAGUUCUCAUUAAUUCACCUAAUCCAAUGCUUGAUUGGUUGUCUUAUACAUCAUGGGCGCAUCAAACUAUUAAGAUACGUAAAUACGCUUGUAAAACAUGGCAGUUAACAUUUGAUGCUGUUCAACCAACAAUUGAACAAAUUAAUUUAUUAGAUGAAAAUUUAAAAAAUUUAAAAAUGACCGAAAAAGAAUUUACAUGUUAUCAAAAAACACGUAAAUUCUCUGAAUAUGAUUGUCGUAUCGGUUUAGACCCGUAUAAAAUAUACACAGAUUAUAAAUGUUUUGUUACUCGAAAUUGUUGUCCAUUUCUUGAAGAUAUAAAAAUGAAAGCAAAUGAAUUGCAUGCUAAAGCAUUGUGUACAGCUGCUACAAAAUUGAACAUUGAAACUGAUCUUGACUUAGCUGAUUCAGACAACAUGGAUGAGUGUGAAACCACGAUAAACAACUGUAAUUAUAAGGCUAAGCCACAACAAAAAUAUUAUCAAGAACAAUUACCAACUAAACAACCUCACAAAAAUGGUAGCAAUAGUACUACUUCUCUGAAGCAUGCAUUGACAACGUCCAAUUCUGCUGAUCAACAUCUCUGUUCUAUGUUUACUAAAUGUAAAGAGACCUCCAAAUGUUCCAGUGGAUCUUUACAUCAUGAUCAUCAUGCCAUCAAAUCGUAUGAUAAAACAUUAAUUAAGUCAUGGUAUCACCUUAACUUCCUUGACUCAUUCGACGCAUGUGAACAGUUGACAACCAAUAACGGUGAUAAUAUUUUAGCUACUCAUGACGACCCUACUGAUAUUGAAAAAGAUAACUCUGCAUCUAUCGAAACCAAUUCUACUGAGAACAGUUAUGAACUAAGUCAAUUCAUUGAAGAACUAGAAAAUAUUCCAUCUGAAAGCCUAACUCAUAACUCUAACAAUUCACAGAAACCCUACGAAGAGAAUACUAACCAACAGGCUGCUACCACUCCCACCAGUAAUAAAUGUGGUAGCUUAUCCUGUUUAGAUGACCAUACAGAUGAAACUUAUAGGAAUUUUGAUAACUUACUUGAGCAGUUGAGAGCGACUAGCCUGCUCACACUGCCUAUGCAGUUCACUGAUAAUUAUCAAGAAGAAUUGUUUGAUGUUCCUUUGACUAUAGUAUCAAAACAGUGCUCUUCGCAGGAAGUUUCGCUAGCAUUGUCAAACAAUGAGACCUUAAAUGCAGACUACUCAAGGUUAUGUUGUAACAAAAACACUAAUCAAACAAAUGGAACGUCUAAGGAUAACUUGUGUAGUAACCAUCAUCAUCGUGGACAUGAUUACUGUGAAGCGGGUUUUACACAUGGGUCAUUGAAUAACUUGAUACAAGCUCGUUCAAAUGAUUCAUCAUCAGCAGAAAAUAACGACUAUGGUAGUCCUUCCUCACUAGUGACAAUACCAAGAAAUGUCAAUCAAAAAAUGGAUAAUCAUCUAACUGUGUUGCGCAAUGAAGAUCAUUCACCUUGUCGUAUACAACCUCCAUCUUCAUUAUCAUCAUCACCAUCAAAAGUGGCGGUAAUUUGUUCAAAAAAACGACUUAGCAUUUCUACUGUCUCAUCAACAAUAUCCAGUGCUUAUUUAGAGACAAUACAACACUUAUCACAAAAUACAUGUAAAGAGUCAUUAGGUUAUAAUGGAGUUGAUUUUAAUGUCAACAACACUACUAGUGAGUGUACUGCACCACCCAUCAUAACUACUACUAAUACCACUAACAACUCUACUCAUGAGAAGGACAUGGACUCUCUUACAACUCAUCCAAAUUUAGGUCCAUUUUUAACAACUCUGUUAAAUCGUCUGGAGAACUUUACCAAUAAUUGUUUCUAUGCAAAUCUCUAUCUAACCAACUUGGUAUCUAGUCUAGCAUCAUAUCCUGUACCAUUGUUAAGAGCUAUGCUUUUCCUAACAAAUACAUCAAAUCUUUCUCAAAAUAUUAUGAUAAAUUCACAGUCUAGUCUUAAAAUUAGAGCUUUACACGAUGAUGUCCUACGUUGUCUACCCUAUAAUAUUUUAUGUUUAAUUAAAAAACAAAUUGAUUUAUUUGCUGUAUUGUAUACAAGACAAUGUAAAUACUUUGGUCUAUUGAACACAUUGAAUGGAUAUAGUUUCAGUGAAUUAAAACAAGAAGCACGUCGAUAUUUGAAUUAUGAAACAAUUGAUCCAUCAAAAUUACCACCAGUAUCUGCUACAUCAAUGUCUGGAGUUGAAAGUAAGAAGAAAAGAUUCAGUGAUUCAAACAAUUCUCAUAAGGAGCCAAGAUAUCUAUCAGCUAAUAAACAAGACAUAUCACCUAUGAUGAAUUCAAAUAAACGUUUCUACUUUAGAAAAUGGUUCAAUCUUUCAUCGAAAACUAACAUCAAGAAUACUAGUAGUAAUAAUACUGUCAAUAAUAAUAAAACCAAUAAAAACACUGAUAAAAAUGGAAAAUCUUCAUCUAGUAAUACAUUGAAUCUCAAAGAUCUGAUUGAUUUCUCGCAAAUUUUACAAAAACCAAUGUCACAAUUCACUCUUCCAACUGAUUUAGAUGAUAAUCAACAAUUGAUUAAUGGUUUAUCUCUUCAUAACUCUACCUCUCCAAUUAUUAAUAGUUAUGACAGUUAUGGUAGUGGUAAUGGGAACCAUCGACGUAAAAGCUUUAGACUGUCAACAAGAAAACAAUCGAAAUUAACUAGUGUAAAUUAUCAACACACUAAACAGAAUAGAAUAGUAAAUGAAGAUGAUUUACCACUGGAUAUACCUAGAAUACAAAGAAUGGUAUUGUGUGCAGUAAUAUUUGAGGAUUUUUGUAAAGAAUUAGCUGCUAUUUGUACAGAACAUAGUAUUCAAUGGUGA